AAAAUCAAAUAAAAAUCUUAUUGUUAAGCUGUCAAAAAUCUGGCAAAGUCGCCUAUCGUUUUCUAAUCUUCAGUUUUGUUCCAUCCUAAUUUAAUUUUUGUGGUGCCUAAAAAUCCACGUAUUAUAUUUCUUUUCGCAAUAUUUAUACAGUUUUAUAUAAUAUUUAGUGCUAGUGUGAGUUUAGGAAGACAUUGUGUUUUAUAGAAGGAAAUAUGGAUAUAGCAGUACCGUUAAUUUUUGUCGGUGUGUUAGUUAUUGGUUCGUUUUCGUUAUUUUUGGUAUUCAAACUGGGCAUUAAAAAGAAAAGCUAUGAGGAAGCACUUGCCGAACACCGAAAACAAACUAGUGCUCUUCUAGGGCCUAAACUCAAACCAAAAGAGAAGAAAAGUAAAAAGGCUGCCAAAAAGGUAAAUAAAGAGAAAUCUUCAGGAAAUAACAUUGAAAAUGAGACGCCAGAAGAAACAGAAUCUCCAGACCCCAAGAACAUUGCAGAAAAAGUUAUAGAGAAAACCUCGGAGAAAUCAAAAGUAACUCAACAGGAAAAGUCUGUCAACCCUAAAGGUAAACCUUCACCCAAACACCCUAAAAUUCACGUCGACUUCAAGGAAGAGCCUGAGGAAGUUCCUGUUGAGAUUCCUGUUGAAAAAGAAGUAAAGGAAGUUAUAAAUAAGAAACGCGUGAAAAAAGUACGCCCCAUCCUUGUUAACAAGGGUGCCGAAAGCGUCUCUUCUCCUGUGAUCCUCGAAGCUCCAACUGCGAACCACUUCGAGACUAUUCACCCUAAAGACGACUUGGAGCUCUUACGCUCGAUUAGCAAGGAUGAUGUUCGCAAAUCCGAACAAGCCAAGGAAGAGAAGAAACAACCCGAGAAAUCUUCAAAGAAGAACAAGCAACAGAAACAAGAAAUCCCAGCUGAAAAACCGACCCCGCCUGCCGAACCUCAACCAGUCGAAAAAGACAAACCGAAAGAAGUCAAAACUGUUAACAGUGUUGCCACGGUUUCGUCCAACGAGCCCUUACCCAACACCGGCAAAGAAAAAAAGAAGAAAAAGGGCGAUUUUAACGCCAAACAACAGAUGAUUGUCCGGGAACAAAAAAGAGUUGCAGAAAGAGACCAAUUAAUAUACACUGUCCAACACAGCGAACUGUCUCGUACUGAAGUCCAACUUCUCAUCGAUCUUCUGCUUAACAAACAACUGGAAGCACCAGCUGUUAUUGAUGAUUGGAGCGAGGGAAAAUCCGAUCCAGUUCAAAAAUUAAAGAAACAACUAGCUGAAAAAGAGAAACUCCUGGCUGACGAGCAAGAAUUGCUCGUCGGAGUUCAAGCCAAACUAAAGGAGGUUCGCAGCGAACAGCUGCAAGAACGCAGCCAAUGGCAGCAGAAAGUCAGGGCUUCCGAGGAGGGCAAGAUUGAACUGGUAGCCAAUCACAACAGGUUACAGCAGAAGAUACAGGAAUUGGACGAUUUGAGGAACAAGGACCUUGUGCAGUUGCAAAGGCUGGUCGAUGACAAUAAUGCUUUGAAGAUGCAGAGGGACAGUGUGGUUAUUACGUGUCAAGAGACAGAGGCGCUUAUUCAUGGCCUAAAAACGGACAACACCAAUCUAAACAACGAACUGCAAAGACUUCAACAACAGUUCCAGGAACAGGCAGCCACCUACCAAUCGAAUGUUAUGCAACAAGAGGCGAUCUUACAAGAGGAAUUAAGAAUGUCCAAGGAGUAUAUUAUUGAUCUUGAGAGGAAGAGCGCCUUCGCCAUUCAAGCACACGCAGAAGAAAAACGAAUCUUAACGGACAAUAUGCACAAAGAGGAACAGAGAUUACAGGAGAUUAUUAAACAGUUGAAAUUAGAAAAUCGAAGAUUACAAGAAGAAAAAAGCAUCCAGAUGAACGGUUCCUCCGACGAUAACAAAGCCCACGAAGUCAAAAUGCUCAAUCUGACCAACGAACUAUCGUCUGUCAAAUCCGAACUGUCAUCGGUGAACCAGAGGUUCCACGAGGCCGAAAAGCAGUACCAAACGGAACUGAAGACAUCUAGCGACUGUUGCAGUCAACUACAAUCGGAAUUAGAAGAACAGAAAAAUAAAAAUAAUGAGUUGCGCAAAAAGAACUGGAAAGUGAUGGAAGCAUUAAACGCUGCAGAGAGCAGAAAUAAGCCAGCUACUGUAAAGACUUCGGAGUCUGUCGAUGUAGAUAAACUGUCGUCAGAGAUCAAGAACAAAGAACGCGACUCGCACAAAGAGUUCUUGCAAAGACUAUUCCCCAACCUGGAAGGACUAAAAUCAGUUUCUGUGGACGACUGGCAACCAGAAUACCAACGACUGAUACUGCAACACGUAUCGGACUUAGAGAAACAAACUUCCGUUGCCGUUUCCACUGGGGAUCAGGGCGAAGAGGUUGCAAAAUUAAAACGGGAAAUUUUGCGAUACCAGUCCAUAAUUGACGAUGCCGAUGGAGCGUUAAAGAAAUUAGAAUGUAACAUAGAACAAGAAGAAAGGAAGUGGAGGAAUCAGCUUGCCGAAAAAGAAGCAGAAUUGGAAGAGUUGAAGCAUAGACACGUCUGUCAGCCACGUGAAAGCCGUAGUUUAUCUAGUCCAGACGUAAACGGCAUUACAUUUGCCUACACAUGUAUUGAACGUUCUCUUCCGCAAAUUAUAGAAGAGCUACAAAAUAGAGUUACCUCCUUAGAGAAACAGUUAGAACAAGAGCGGAUAGAAAACCAGAGACUUUUAGAAGAACGUCAACAGAUCAGCAACAAGCAUGAAGUUAAGACGAUCCACGCGGAUUCUACAGCGACUAUAGAAAAAUUGUCAGAAGAAGUAGAUCGUUUGAAAGAACAAUUAAGAGUAGAACAGACUAAAAACGGUGAUACCAACGUUUACCAAAACGGAAAAUCUAGUUAAUAUCAACUGCAAUCUUCAAGAACAUGCCUGAAGAAUUGAAGUAUAGGUACUAAAUAAUUUUUUUUUCUAAUAAAUUAUAUUUAUUGUUACUCCAAUAAGAUUUAUCUUUUUUACUACAACCAUUCCUCCGAUAUUUUGUGCAAUAAGUUUUAUUAACCCUUUAUAUGGAACAGUAUUCUUCUACUUCUCUUUUUAUCUGUCUCUUUAUUGUUUCUUUAUAACAGAGUAAUAACUAAUUAUUUUACAUUGAUUUAAUUAAUAAUUAAUUUUUAAAAAACUCAUAAUAGGAAUGCUUGUCGCGAUUUAUAUUAUUUUUUAUAGCUUUAAGUUCUAUUGUAAUAAAUAAAAUAUAUUUAGCUUGGUAA